GCAGCUCCUUCCAUGCGCUUACCCGAUAAUAGCCCUGGUGGGAGUGAGUCCAGUGGUGGCUUUGGUAGUGCCAGGAUGAAUCCCAACGCUGAACCUGACUUUUCUGAGUUUAUGUGGAUGGCCGAGGAGGAUCUGGAGGCCUUUGACCACAAGGUAAUCUGUGAAGUAAGCCAAGUAAUGAUGGAACAGACAAGUACCCUGAGGGAGGAUGAAGAAGAAUUCCUGCGUCGUAUGUUGGAGGAAGAGGAGCAGCGGGACACUGUCUACUACCACCAAUAUCAGGAGGAGAAAAUGAGAAACAAUGCCACGGCAAGUUUAGCCACAAGUAUGCAGAAGAUGGGAGUGAACGAGAGUGUAGCUGCUAAGAGUAAUUUGAAUCCUUACGCUGCUGAGUUUGUUCCAGGGAAGAAUUUUACUCGACCUGCAGACACUCCAGCCCUCGUUCACCACACUAAUGGGGAUAAGAAGAGUUCGUAAUUGGGGAAUUCCUUUUAAUUGUUUAAGAGGGCAAAAAAAAAUAUCUUUGUUUGCUUCAGAUGAUACUCAUUAUUAAGUAGAAUUGGGUUUUUGUUUAAAUAAAAAACUUUCACUGAAUCUAGGAGAGUUAUUUUACUACCUAGGAUAAUGAUUUAAGUAAAUGGAGAAUUUUUAUUUUAUUUUGUUGGUAAAUAGACAUCAGUAAAUUCAAAUAACUGUAGACUGAAAAUGUAAAAAAAUUAUAUAUACUUCAAAUUGUUUGUAAAGAUAAGCCCAUUUGCAUGCAACAUUAUUGAUCACAUUGGGAACUUCAUCAUACUGUACUGUAUUUAUAGUCGGGCUAAUGGUAUAUCAUAUACUGUGUCUACUUUCUACUUAUAAAAGUUCCAACUGAUGAUGAAAAUUAAUAUUUUUUCCUAAGAAUUGGUGUGAGUGCUGAAAGUUCAUUUGUGAUGUUAAGAGAGCAAAUUUUGGUGAGGUAUUUGAAUGCCCUGAAUCCCAGAUGGUAAGUCAUAUUUCAUGUUCACACCUUCACUUUUGUUUGAACUCCAAAAUUUUGAUUCACAAAUUUCACUUUAGUCUUAUAAUUUGAUUAUGAAAAAUAACUGUAAUGCUUGAAGGAAGAUGGUCAAAAGGCUUUUAUUACCAAACAAGGCAGUUAGUAGGGGUUGGAAGAGGACUUUCUCUUUGUUUUGUAUUGGUUUUAUUUAAGUUAUUAGUAAUGCAGAAAUUACAUAGAUUCUUAAGUAACAUGAGGCAUUCACACCUUUUUCAGAUUCUCAAAGUGUAUCUGUACUUUUUGACCACUUCCUACUGUUCUUCAUUCAAUGAGGUGUUUCCUGCUUUUAAGUUGUGUUUGAUACUGUACAUGCUUUGUAGGAACUAAUCUUGAAUUGUUUAGACAGUAUUUGUUUUAUAUUAUUUUCUUCACCUCUUUAAACUAUUUUCAUUAUUGUUUUUCAUUCAUUUAGUUUUAUAUAAUUUGGUUUUAAUCAAGUAAAAUGGAGCAUGUUUGUUUACUUGCUUUGAGGAACCAGUUUCGCUUUUGACAAUGAGAAAUUGUUAAACUGGUAAUGGCAUAUAUUGAAUACUGAGAGAUUCUGAAGAUAGAUUUACAUAGGUAACUCAACACAGUUAUAAAAGUUUUAGUUACAGUGUAAUGGUGUCCAGCGUCAGAUGCUGGUGAAGUAAACAAUAGGAUGAGUCUUUUAUAUGAUAGCUGAAAUUUUAUAAUGUUGCCUGAGGACUUCAUGUUCAGGUUUUAAGUUCUAUCCAAUAUUUAUAGUUAAAAUUAUAUUAAGGGGCUUAUGUAUUAUUAUUUUUAGUAAAAUUUUAAAGUUGAGUCUUUUCUGUUUUGAAAACUGGUAAAUUCUGCUAAGUGAAUAAAAGACUUCUUUUCACUUUUUGGCUUUGUGAUAGAUGUUAUCACAAUACUUAUUACUAUGUGAUGUGUACAAUGUAUUAGUAUUACAACAUUAACAAAGUUAUUUAUGAAAAUUUUCGAGCCCUAUUACUGCUCGUCAACUGUUAAUGGUUUGUUAAAAAUGUGCUUUUUGCUAUUUUCCAAACAACUUGCUUAUGGUAAGUGUACCAGUGUUGUGUCACUGUGUGUUGAACUCCCUUGCUAAGGUUGCUUGCUGUAUCAGUAACAUGUAAGCCAUGGUUUGUCUCAGUUACAUAAGAUGUGUUUUCUUCUGUAGGCAAACAGUAAAGUAUCAAAUGAAUAUAAACUUAUUACAUACAUCUGAAGAUUCCAGGUAACAUUGUUCAUAAACAGGCACAUGAAAACUUGAUAAUUAAGUAUCAAUGGUUAUCUGUAAUAUUAGUGUUUUUUUUUUUUUUUUUUUUUCUGUGAUAUAUUUGGAUGAAUUCAGUCUCUAGCUGUUGGCCUCCUAUCAUUUCCACCUGAACAGGUGCACAGUGUUUACUUUUUAUUCGAUUUAUAUUUUAGUGAAGUACCUCGGCAACUGUAAGUAAUGGAUGUAUAAUAUCAAAACCAAAGUAUGUGUGCAGUAGGUUGAGAUAUUUGACACAUCUGUUCAUGGAUGAGCUUCUUUGGUUUAAUGUGCCGUACAUCAUAAGAGAAGGCUGCAUAGAUUGCUGCCUCACAUCAUUAAUUGGUAAAUUUAUGUCGGUGAGUUCCCGGCCUUCUGGCCAUCUUUUGUGAUACAAGAAACAUGCCCAACUAGGAAGAUCAUUCAAGAAAGGAAUUGUUAGGACUCCUGGCCUACUGUCCAUUUUUCCUGUGGUGACCAUAUGCUAAAUUUAAGGACUUGUAAGAAUAUGGUAGCACUUAUACAGUAAAUGAGUUUCUUUAGUGUUAAUGAUGGUUAAAAUCAGUAAGUGUAGAAAAAGUUUUGUCAGUGAAGUAGGUAUAUCUACUCUGAAUGUUUAAUAGAUCUACAUACUGUAUAUAUAUAUAAUAUUUAUAGAUAUUGUACUUCUCCAAUUUCCAGUAAAUUAUCUUUGUUUCAGUGGCUGAUGUGAGUUGAAUAAUGUAAGUUUUUACACAUAUAGACACUUCCAAAUUUAAGGUCAUUCAUUUUCAGAUAAGAUAACUGGCAUGUAUUUCCUUGUCAUUUCCUCUUAACUUUUGGAGAAAAGGUCCUCUUGUAAGAGCUUUUCUAUCUCUGCCUCUACAACACUUAAGAAGUUCUCCUCCAGUUAUAAGAAUAUAUUUUUGUAUACAGUGAAGGCACUGAGGCACGUUGUCAUGGAUAACUUUGAGUAUGUUACCGUCAUUAAAUUAAUGAAAUAUGAAAAUUAUUAGAUGAAAAACUUUUGAGUGUUUUCCCCAUUUUCCUCAGGUGUUGAGUGUCUUGGUUUAACUGGAUAUGAAAUGUUUGUUUGCUGUGAGUGUUAAUCUAACUAUUUGUCCCUCAGUAUUUCCCUGGUUUAGCAGUUGGCUUUAGUCACCCGUGGAAGUAUUACCAUCACCAGGUCGUUUAUUUUGUAAAUUCUUGCCUUAGUACUAUACUACUUAGGUUUUUUUUUAUAUACUUUUCUCAGAUUAAACAAAAAAUCCUCAUUCUUUAUCCUUUUUGCUUUUACCUCCGUUCUUUCGCUUGAUAUUUGCUUUUUCUUUUUUUCAGUCAAAUAAGUGGCUUUGAGUUAUAUUUAAAGUAUUGUCAUUAGGUUUUGUCACUAAAUGGGAUGUAAUUUAUAAGCAAUCUGUUAAUUGAGGGAAGUUUUCAUCAGCUCCUCAGUAUUGAAAGUGGAGAGAAAAAAAUUGCCAUUCAUACCAGUAACCCAUACUCUGGGAAGGAUGGAUGGGUAAUACAGUCUCCAUGUUCUUAGAUCCUCAAACUGAUUCUACUCACUCCUCAGUUUCCUAAUGACUUCACAUCAAAAACAUGCACUCCUUUGUAAUCUCGUGUCCUCAUACUGCUCCCAUGUUUUGUCUCCAAACCAUCUCUUCACAUUAGUGGUUCUACUGUUUUGUCUCCUCACUAUACACGCUGCUUAAUGCCCUUAUAUCCUCACCCCAACUUUAUAAACUCACCUCUGGUUUUCAUCCCCUCCUCCCAGCCAUAUAUAAUUCCACCAUUUAUUCCUUCUAAGUUUUUCUAGUUCCCUUUUGUCAAAAGCAUGGAGAGAAAAAAUUACAUUAGUUUAGGCAGUCACAUAGUGUGCUCGUUGUGCCCAUUGUAUCAUUAAAACACUAACUUGGUUUCUGGUUAUUUCUUAAAUUGGUCUUCUCUUUACCAGUAUGUUCUUGUCAGCAUAUGGUAAUUGGUUCUGUGAUGUGUGCCAUCCCAUGGAGUGGUCAUUAGCAGAUAUUCAGUUUUGUUUAUUUAUUAAAAACAUAAUUUUGGAGAAAAUUAAAUGCAAAACCUCUGUUACAAAACAUCUGAGAUAUCAAUAGAUUGAAUUUAUAUUUUUAUUGUGCAUACUUCAGCCAUUUUUGUAAUCUCAAUCAUUACACUUGUUUUUCAUGAAAAUUAGAAAUGCCAAUAUGAUACUCUACUUGGGGAUUUAUGUAAAUGGUGUAAAUAAGGAUCUUAAAAAACUGUAUUUGUCAAAAGUAUAUUGAAUUUAUUUAACACUG